AGAUACCACAAACCUGCUCCCAGGCUGCAGCAAAACUCAGCCUCUUUCUCCUAAGGAAAAGAUCACCAUACUUUGCAGGGUGGAAGAAAGAACCUGAUGAAGCAGCGCGCACAGAGAGCCUUUUGAGAAAAUUCCAAAGCGAGGCAGCAAUGGCAGCUCCAACCAAAUGCCAGCUCCGCGGAAGAUUAGUCCUGCUAUGCUCGCUCCUGGGGAUGCUAUGGGAGGCCAGGGCCAGUCAGAUUCGCUACUCAGUGCCUGAAGAGACAGAAAAGGGCUAUAUUGUGGGCAACAUCUCCAAGGACCUGGCUCUGGAGCCCCGGGAGCUGGCGGAGCGCCGAGUCCGCAUCGUCUCUAGAGGUAGGACGCAGCUUUUCUCUCUGAACCCGCGCAGCGGCACCUUGGUCACCGCGGGUAGGAUAGACCGGGAGGAGCUCUGUGCUCAGAGCCCGCGGUGUCUGGUGAACUUUAAAGUCCUGGUUGAAGACAGAGUGAAACUGUACGGAAUAGAAAUAGAAGUAACUGAUAUUAACGACAGCGCCCCAAAGUUCCAGGCCGAAAGUCUGGAAGUAAAAAUUAACGAAAUCGCGGUUCCUGGAGCACGUUAUCCACUUCCAGAAGCUAUUGAUCCGGAUGUUGGCGUGAACUCCCUCCAGAGCUACCAGCUCAGCCCCAAUCACCACUUCUCCCUGAACGUGCAGACUGGAGACAAUGGAGCCAUAAACCCAGAGCUGGUGCUGGAGCGCGCCCUGGACAGGGAGGAGGCAACUGCCCACCACCUGGUCCUCACGGCCUCGGAUGGCGGCGAGCCGCGUCGCUCCAGCACAGUGCGCAUCCAUGUGACAGUGUUGGAUACAAAUGAUAAUGCCCCGGUUUUUGCUCAACGGAUUUACCGAGUUAAAGUCCUUGAGAACGUGCCCCCAGGCACCUGGCUGCUUACUGCAACAGCCAGCGACCUGGAUGAGGGAAUCAACGGAAAAGUGGCAUACAAAUUCUGGAAAAUUAAUGAAAAACAAUCUCUGCUAUUCCAGCUUAAUGAAAAUACUGGGGAAAUAUCAACAGCAAAAAGUCUAGAUUAUGAAGAAUGUUCAUUUUAUGAAAUGGAAAUACAAGCUGAAGAUGGUGGGGGAUUGAAAGGGUGGACAAAAGUGCUCAUUUCGGUGGAAGAUGUAAAUGACAAUAGACCUGAAGUGACCAUUACAUCUCUGUUUAGCCCAGUGAGAGAAGAUGCACCUCAGGGAACAGUAAUUCUUCUUUUCAAUGCUCAUGACCGAGACUCUGGGAAGAAUGGUCAAGUUGUCUGUUCUAUCCAGGAGAAUCUAUCUUUUAAAUUAGAAAAUUCAGAAGAAGAUUAUUACAGAUUGUUGACGGCUCAAAUUCUUGACCGAGAAAAAGCCUCAGAAUAUAAUAUCACGGUGACUGCAACAGACAGAGGAACUCCGCCCCUGUCCACAGAAAUUCACAUCACCCUGCAAGUGACCGACAUCAAUGAUAAUCCACCUGCUUUCUCUCAAGCCUCCUACUCAGUCUACCUCCCGGAAAACAACGCCAGAGGUACUUCCAUCUUCUCCGUGAUUGCCUAUGACCCUGAUAGCAAUGAGAAUUCUAGAGUUAUUUACUCCUUGGCAGAGGAUACCAUCCAAGGGUCUCCUCUCUCCACCUAUGUCUCUAUUAACUCGGACACUGGCGUGCUGUAUGCUCUGUGCUCCUUUGACUAUGAGCAGUUUAGAGAUUUGCAAAUGCAGGUGAUGGCAAGUGACAGUGGAAGCCCACCACUUAGCAGCAAUGUGUCAUUGAGACUGUUUGUUUUGGACCAGAAUGACAAUGCCCCGGAAAUCCUGUACCCUGCCCUCCCCACUGAUGGUUCUACUGGUGUGGAGCUGGCACCCCGCUCUGCAGAGCCUGGCUACCUGGUGACCAAGGUGGUGGCAGUGGACAGAGACUCAGGCCAGAAUGCUUGGCUCUCCUACCGCCUAUUCAAGACCAGUGAGCCAGGGCUCUUCUCGGUGGGGCUGCACACAGGUGAAGUGCGCACAGCUCGGGCCCUGCUAGAUAGAGAUGCGCUCAAACAGAGCCUUGUGGUGGCUGUACAGGACCAUGGCCAGCCCCCUCUCUCGGCCACUGUCACGCUCACAGUAGCCAUAGCUGACAGCAUCCCAGACAUCCUGGCUGACCUGGGCAGUCUUCAGAUCCCUGCAGACCUGGAGGCCUCAGACCUUACCCUCUACCUCGUUGUGGCUGUGGCAGUCGUCUCCUGUGUCUUCCUCACCUUCGUUAUCACGCUGCUGGCCCUCAGGCUGAGGCACUGGCACUCCUCGCAUCUGCUGCGGGCUACCAGUGAUGGGUUGGCUGGUGUGCCCACCUCACACUUUGUGGGUGUAGAUGGGGUUCGAGCUUUCCUACAGACCUAUUCUCAGGAGUUCUCCCUCACCGCUGACUCAAGGAAGAGUCACCUGAUCUUCCCCCAGCCCAACUAUGCAGACACACUCAUCAGCCAGCAGAGCUGUGAGAAAAAUGAGCCUUUGUGCGUCUCUGUUGAUUCCAAGUUUCCUAUAGAAGACACCCCUUUGGUUCCGCAAGCCCCGCCCAACACGGACUGGCGUUUCUCUCAGGCCCAGAGACCCGGCACCAGCGGCUCCCAAAAUGGCGAUGACACCGGCACCUGGCCCAACAACCAGUUUGACACAGAGAUGCUGCAAGCCAUGAUCUUGGCCUCCGCCAGUGAAGCUGCUGAUGGGAGCUCCACCCUGGGAGGGGGUGCCGGCACCAUGGGAUUGAGCGCCCGCUACGGACCCCAGUUCACCCUGCAGCACGUGCCCGACUACCGCCAGAAUGUCUACAUCCCAGGCAGCAAUGCCACACUGACCAACGCAGCUGGCAAGCGGGAUGGCAAGGCCCCAGCAGGUGGCAAUGGCAACAAGAAGAAGUCGGGCAAGAAGGAGAAGAAGUAAAAUGGAGGCCAGGCCAAGAGCCACAGGGCGGCCUCCCCCCAACCAGCCCAGCUUCUCCUUACCUGUACCCAGGCCUCAGAGUUUCAGGGCUAACCCCCAGAAUACUGGUAGGGGCCAAGGCCAUGCUCCCCUUGGGAAACAGAAACAAGUGCCCAGUCAACACCUACCCCCUUCCCCCCCAGGGGGUUGAAUAUGCAAAAGGAGUUCUGCUGGGAACCCCCAUCCAAUCAAUUGCUGUACCCAUGGGGGUAGUGGGGUUAGUGUAGACACCAAGAACCGUUUGCCACACCCCGUUUAGUUACAGCUGAACUCCUCCAUCUUCCAAAUCAAUCAGGCCCAUCCAUCCCAUGCCUCCCUCCUCCCCACCCCACUCCAACAGUUCCUCUUUCCUGAGUAAGGUGGUUGGGGUGUUGAAGUACCAGGUAACCUACAAGCCUCCUAGUUCUGAAAAGUUGGAAGGGCAUCAUGACCUCUUGGCCUCUCCUUUGAUUCUCAAUCUUCCCCCAAAGCAUGGUUUGGUGCCAGCCCCUUCACCUCCUUCCAGAGCCCAAGAUCAAUGCUCAAGUUUUGGAGGACAUGAUCACCAUCCCCAUGGUACUGAUGCUUGCUGGAUUUAGGGAGGGCAUUUUGCUACCAAGCCUCUUCCCAACGCCCUGGGGACCAGUCUUCUGUUUUGUUUUUCAUUGUUUGACGUUUCCACUGCAUGCCGUGACUUCCCCCACCUCCUCCUCAAACAAGAGACUCCACUGCAUGUUCCAAGACAGUAUGGGGUGGUAAGAUAAAGAAGGGAAGUGUGUGGAUGUGGAUGGUGGGGGCAUGGACAAAGCUUGACACAUCAAGUUAUCAAGGCCUUGGAGGAGGCUCUGUAUGUCCUCAGGGGACUGACAACAUCCUCCAGAUUCCAGCCAUAAACCAAUAACUAGGCUGGACCCUUCCCACUACAUAAUAGGGCUCAGCCCAGGCAGCCAGCUUUGGGCUGAGCUAACAGGACCAAUGGAUUAAACUGGCAUCUCAGUCCAAGGAAGCUCGAAGCAGGUUUAGGACCAGGUCCCCUUGAGAGGUCAGAGGGGCCUCUGUGGGUGCUGGGUACUCCAGAGGUGCCACUGGUGGAAGGGUCAGCGGAGCCCCAGCAGGAAGGGUGGGCCAGCCAGGCCAUUCUUAGUCCCUGGGUUGGGGAGGCAGGGAGCUAGGGCAGGGACCAAAUGAACAGAAAGUCUCAGCCCAGGAUGGGGCUUCUUCAACAGGGCCCCUGCCCUCCUGAAGCCUCAGUCCUUCACCUUGCCAGGUGCCGUUUCUCUUCCGUGAAGGCCACUGCCCAGGUCCCCAGUGCGCCCCCUAGUGGCCAUAGCCUGGUUAAAGUUCCCCAGUGCCUCCUUGUGCAUAGACCUUCUUCUCCCACCCCCUUCUGCCCCUGGGUCCCCGGCCAUCCAGCGGGGCUGCCAGAGAACCCCAGACCUGCCCUUACAGUAGUGUAGCGCCCCCUCCCUCUUUCGGCUGGUGUAGAAUAGCCAGUAGUGUAGUGCGGUGUGCUUUUACGUGAUGGCGGGUGGGCAGCGGGCGGCGGGCUCCGCGCAGCCGUCUGUCCUUGAUCUGCCCGCGGCGGCCCGUGUUGUGUUUUGUGCUGUGUCCACGCGCUAAGGCGACCCCCUCCCCCGUACUGACUUCUCCUAUAAGCGCUUCUCUUCGCAUAGUCACGUAGCUCCCACCCCACCCUCUUCCUGUGUCUCACGCAAGUUUUAUACUCUAAUAUUUAUAUGGCUUUUUUUCUUCGACAAAAAAAUAAUUAAAAGUUUCUUCUGAAAAGCUGAA